GAUUUCGAGCUCGCAUGAGUGAGGUGGAAGAGACUAAACAAACACCUAAUAUAUAUAAAAGGAGCCUUUCCCGACAUCGAUAUCUCAUCCUUUUUUGCAAUCAAAUGGAUUCAACCACUAAUGAAGGUGCCUCUUCUUUCCGCCAUUCACAGACAUAUGAUGUCUUUCUUAGUUUUAGAGGUGAAGAUACACGCAAGAAUUUCACAGGCCAUUUGUACAGCAAUUUGGUUCAAAAGGGUAUUAAAACCUUCAUAGAUGAUGAUCUAAGUAGAGGAGAAGAAAUAUCACUAGCGCUUCUCAAAGCAAUUGAAGAGUCAAUGGUUUCUAUUGUUGUCUUCUCUGAAAACUACGCAGCCUCCAAGUGGUGCUUGGAUGAACUCGUUAAGAUUCUUGAGUGUAAAGAAUCGAAGAACCAAAUGGUUUUCCCAGUUUUCUACAAGGUGGAUCCCUCAGAUGUGAGAAACCAAAGAGGUAGUUUUGGUCAGGCACUUGCAGGCCAUGAAUCCAAACUCAGAGACAACAUGGAGAAGGUCUUGAGGUGGAGGACGACUCUUACACGAGCAGCAAAUUUGUCUGGGUGGUCUUUCUUGGACGGGUAUGUGGCAAACUAUUAUAAUUUAGUCACAAUAUUAUCUCUUGCUGCAAGUCUUGGUGAAUUUAUAUCCAACAUAAUUUGAAUUAUUAGUUCUGUUGUAUAUUGUUUUAA